GUGUGAGCGCGGCGCGCGUGGCGAGCUGCGGGCGGCGCGCGGCUCGGGCGGGGGCGCGGCGCGGGGUCCCUCCCGCUGCCCUGCUCUGGGCGGGCCCGACAGCCGCCGGAGUUUCCGCCCCCGGGUGGGAGAUGCGGCCGCCGCUCGGGCUCCUUGCAGAUUUCUAACCAGCAUAAUGCUGGAGCCAGAGGCUGGCAGGCUGCAGCUUUCAAAAUGGCCGAGUUGGACGCCAGUUUGGAUCACAUCAUUCCGUCUUCUGUCCUUCCUCCUUCCUGGGCUAAGCUGGUAGUGGGGUUUGUUUCCCUCUUGUGUUUCGCACGGAGCUACGAUGGAGAUUUCGUCUUUGAUGACUCUGAAGCUAUUAUUAACAAUAAGGACCUCCGAGCAGAAACGCCCCUUGGGGACCUGUGGCAUCAUGACUUCUGGGGAAGCAGGCUGAGCAGCAACACCAGCCACAAAUCCUACCGACCUCUCACCGUGCUGACCUUCAGGAUUAACUACUAUCUGUCUGGAGGCUUCCACCCCACGAGUUUCCAUGUGGUCAACAUCCUCCUGCAUGGUGGCAUCUCUGUCCUCAUGGUGGACGUCUUCUCUGUGCUGUUCGGGGGCCUGCAGUAUACCAGUAAAGGCCGGAGAUUAAACCUGGCUCCCAGAUCGUCUCUGCUGGCUGCGCUGCUGUUCGCCGUGCAUCCCGUGCACACCGAGUGUGUUGCUGGUGUGGUCGGCCGUGCAGACCUCCUAGGCGCCCUGUUCUUCUUGCUCUCCUUCCUUGGCUACUGUAAAGCCUUUAGAGAAACAGGUAACAAAGAGGGGACACAUUCUACAGUCUGGGUGCUGCUGAGCAUCCUCCUGGGAGCGGUGGCCAUGCUGUGCAAAGAGCAAGGGAUCACCGUGCUGGGCUUGAAUGCAGUCUUUGACGUCUUGGUGACAGGCAAAUUGAAUGUCCUGGAUCUUGUCCAGAAGGUACUACACAAGGACAAGUCAUUAGAGAACAUUGGCGUGCUCAGGAAUGGGGGCUUCCUCUUCAGAAUGACCCUCCUGGCCUUGGGGGGUGCAGGGGUGCUCUACGUGCGCUGGAGAAUCAUGGGCACUGGCCCGCCGGCGUUCACCGAGGUGGACAACCCCGCCUCCUUUGCCGACAGCAUGUUGGUCAGGGCCAUAAACUAUAAUUACUACUAUUCGUUGAAUGCCUGGCUGCUGCUCUGCCCCUGGUGGCUGUGCUUUGAUUGGUCAAUGGGCUGCAUCCCCCUCAUUAAGUCAGCCGGCGACUGGAGGGUAAUGGCGCUAGCAGCACUCUGGUUCUGCCUAAUUGGCCUGAUAUGCCAAGCCCUGUGCUCUGAAGACAGCCACAGGAGAAGGAUCCUUACACUAGGCCUGGGAUUUCUCAUUAUCCCAUUUCUUCCUGCAAGUAACUUGUUCUUCCGAGUGGGCUUUGUGGUUGCAGAGAGAGUCCUCUACCUCCCCAGCGCUGGGUACUGCAUGCUGCUGACUUUUGGAUUUGGAGCACUCAGUAAACAUACUAAGAAAAAGAAACUAAUCACUGCUGUCGUACUGGGAAUUUUAUUUGUAAACAUGCUGAGAUGCAUGAUUCGCAGUGGUGAGUGGCGGAAUGAAGAACAGCUUUUUAGAAGUGCCCUGUCUGUGUGUCCUCUCAACGCCAAGGUUCACUACAAUGUUGGCAAAAAUCUGGCAGAUAAAGGCAAUCAGACAGCCGCCAUCAGAUAUUACCGGGAGGCUGUGAGAUUAAAUCCCAAGUAUGUCCAUGCCAUGAAUAAUCUUGGGAACAUCCUAAAAGAAAGGAAUGAGCUACAGGAGGCGGAAGGGCUGCUGUCUUUGGCUGUACAAAUUCAGCCGGACUUUGCUGCUGCGUGGAUGAAUUUAGGCAUAGUUCAGAAUAGCCUGAAACGGUUCGAAGCCGCCGAGCAAAGUUACCGGACAGCAAUCAAACACAGAAGGAAAUACCCGGAUUGUUACUACAACCUCGGGCGUUUGUACGCAGAUCUAAAUCGUCAUGUGGAUGCGUUGAAUGCGUGGAGAAAUGCGACCGUGCUGAAACCAGAGCACAGUCUGGCUUGGAACAACAUGAUCAUACUCCUCGACAAUACAGGCAAUCUGGCCCAGGCUGAAGCAGUUGGAAGAGAGGCACUGGAAUUAAUACCUAAUGACCACUCGCUGAUGUUCUCCUUGGCAAACGUACUGGGCAAGUCCCAGAAAUACAAGGAAUCCGAAGCUUUAUUCCUCAAAGCCAUUAAAGCUCAUCCCAAUGCUGCAAGUUACCAUGGCAAUUUGGCUGUGCUUUAUCAUCGCUGGGGACAUCUAGACUUGGCCAAAAAACACUAUGAGAUCUCCCUGCAGCUCGACCCCACUGCAUCGGGGACCAAGGAGAAUUAUGGUCUUCUAAGAAGAAAGUUAGAACAAAUGCAGAAGAAAGAUGUUUGACCCUUUUUCCUUCAUUUUUUGAGUCUGUGUGCAUGUCAUAUCCUAGUAUCAUGUGGUUAUGUUUAACCAUUUAAAAGUCUUAAUGUUUAUUUGAUUCCACUCUUUUUCUAUGAAAACUAAGACAUGCAAAAAGAUUAUAGCACCAGCAACACAGUCUUGAAUGCUUGAUGUGGUUUUUGCAUUGAAAUUGUAUUUUUUCAGAUAACUCACAUGUGCAUUCUAAAUCCCCACAAUGAAGUCUUUUUUAAAUAAGAAGAAGAAGAGAAAAAGAUGAUACAGAGCGACUUGCCACAAAUUAGAUGUGCAUUUGGGAUGUGAGAGGUGUUGUGUAAAGACUAGCGCUAUUAAACGUCAGUUGUGAACCACAGUGACAAACUGACUCCUACAAUUUAUAUAAAUAUUGAAUGUGUCUGUAUAUUAGAAUUUUUAUUUAAUGACAAGAAAGAGUAAAAAUUAAGAUUUUU